CAUUCAAGAACCUUCAGACCCAUUUACGGUCCAAACCUCUCUCUUUUUUCCAUCAUCCCCACAAACGUGAAUGCCAAACUCAGCUACCCAAAUCCAGAAAUGGCAGUUCUUGAAACCAUUCAUGCACUCAAGGAUUCAUUUCUCGACACCGCCACCGUUAUUGCACUCACUGUCUUCUUCACACUCCUCUGCCUCUGUAUCAUCAUUGGUCAUUUGUUGGAAGAGCAUCGUUGGGCUAAUGAAUCCAUCACCGCCCUUCUUUUGGGUUUGAUUGCUGGAGUAGUGGUGUUGCUGGUGACUCAGUUCGAGAGUUCACAAAUUUUGGUCUUCAAUGAGGACUUGUUCUUCCUCUAUUUACUUCCUCCAAUCAUUUUCAAUGCCGGUUUUCAGGUCAAGAAAAAGCAAUUUUUCAAGAAUUUCACAACAAUUUUGCUGUUUGGUAUAGUUGGUACAGUAAUUUCUUUCUGCCUCAUAUCACUAGGUGCCUUUUUACUUUUCAGGAGAUUUGGUUUCACAACUCUGACCAUUCAAGAUUACCUAGCGAUUGGUGCCAUAUUGUCAGCAACGGAUUCAGUUUGUACAUUGCAGGUUCUUAGUCAAGAUGACACUCCCUUUCUCUACAGUGUUGUAUUUGGGGAGGGAGUAGUGAAUGAUGCUACCUCUAUCGUGCUCUUCAAUGCAGUACAAUCACUAGAUGUGAAGGACGUCAGCGGUCUUACAGCCUUGAACUUGUUAGGCACUUUUCUUUACCUCUUCUCCACCAGCACUCUUCUUGGUAUAGCAGCUGGCCUUAUGAGCGCUUAUAUCAUAAAAACGCUUUACUUAGGAAGGCAUUCUACAGAUCGUGAAGUAGCUCUCAUGAUGCUUAUGGCUUAUUUGUCAUACAUGUUGGCUGAGCUUUUGGAUCUUAGUGGAAUUUUGACAGUUUUCUUCUGUGGCAUAGUAAUGUCACAUUACACAUGGCACAAUGUUACAGAAAGCUCAAGGAUAACAACCAAGCAUGCAUUUGCAACAAUGUCUUUCAUUGCAGAAACCUUUAUAUUCCUCUAUGUUGGUAUGGAUGCCAUGGACAUUGACAAAUGGAAAGCCAGCAAUGCAAGUCCAGGAACUUCAGUUGGUGUGAGUUCCAUGUUGUUUGCACUUGUAUUAAUCGGAAGGGCAGCAUUCGUAUUCCCGAUUGCAAACAUUUCGAAUUGCUUCAGGAAGAGAGAAAACACUAAAAUUGAAUUCCGUCAACAGUUCAUAAUGUGGUGGGCAGGCCUAAUGAGAGGUGCAGUUACUAUUGCUUUGUCAUACAACCAAUUCGCAGACGCCACAACAUCAUCAACGCAAGAUAAUGCACUGAUGAUCACCUCCACCAUUAUUGUUGUUCUAUUCAGCACAGUGGUUUUUGGCUCGAUAACAAAGCCGUUGAUUGAAGCUGUACUGCUGCGACAUGCAAAACCAAACCACAAUAUUUCAGAUGCAACGGAUAUUCCAAGUCUAGAAGACUUGAGGCUUUUGUUCAUAGAAACUGGUGAACCAAGUGAAGAAGGCAAUGGUCAGUCAAGUCGAAAGCGAACUGGCUUAAGGUUUCUCACGAGUUCUACAGUGCACCAUUUGUGGAGAAAAUUUGAUGACAAGUUCAUGAGACCGGUAUUUGGUGGACGGGGUUUUGUUCCUUUCGUUCCUAGUUCACCAAGUGGUGCAAUUGAUGGUGCACCAAAUCGUCCAUUUGAUGGUGCACCAAGUCAUGCAUUUGAUGGUGCAAUUGAAGAGGAACAAACUACUUAAACCAACAGUCAAAUAUGUGAUUACAGUCAUAUGAAUAACACAUGUAAUAGUAAAGUUU